CAGCGGCGGCAGCGGCGGCGGCGGCAGCAGCCACCCGAUGUCUUCGGCGCCCGAGAAGCAGCAGCCACCGCACGGCGGCGGCGGCGGCAGCGGCGGGGGAGGCGGCGCGGCCAUGGACCCCGCGUCGUCCGGCCAGUCCAAGGCCAAGAAGACGAACGCCGGCAUCCGGCGCCCGGAGAAGCCGCCCUACUCCUACAUCGCGCUCAUAGUCAUGGCUAUCCAGAGCUCGCCCACCAAGCGCCUGACGCUCAGCGAGAUCUACCAGUUUCUGCAGAGCCGCUUCCCUUUCUUCCGCGGCUCCUACCAGGGCUGGAAGAACUCCGUGCGCCACAACCUCUCGCUCAACGAGUGCUUCAUCAAGCUGCCCAAGGGCCUCGGGCGGCCCGGCAAGGGCCACUACUGGACCAUCGACCCGGCCAGCGAGUUCAUGUUCGAGGAGGGCUCCUUUCGGCGGCGGCCGCGCGGCUUCCGAAGGAAGUGCCAGGCGCUCAAGCCUAUGUACAGCAUGAUGAACGGGCUCGGCUUCAACCACCUCCCGGACACCUACGGCUUCCAGGGCUCGGCCGGCGGCCUCUCGUGCCCUCCCAACAGCCUGGCGCUGGAGGGCGGCCUGGGAAUGAUGAACGGCCACUUGCCGGGCAACGUGGACGGCAUGGCAUUGCCCAGCCACUCGGUGCCCCACCUGCCCUCCAACGGCGGCCACUCGUACAUGGGCAGCUGCGGGGGCGCAGCGGCUGGCGAGUACCCGCACCACGACAGCUCGGUGCCCGCCUCCCCACUGUUGCCGGCAGCCGCCAGCGGGGUCAUGGAGCCGCAUGCCGUCUACUCUGGCUCCGCCGCAGCCUGGCCGCCCUCUGCCUCCGCGGCGCUCAACAGCGGCGCCUCCUACAUCAAGCAGCAGCCCUUGUCCCCCUGUAAUCCCACGGCCAACCCCCUGUCCGGCAGCCUCUCCACGCACUCCCUGGAUCAGCCGUACCUGCACCAGAACAGUCACAACGCCCCAGCUGAGCUGCAAGGCAUUCCGCGGUAUCAUUCGCAGUCGCCCAGCAUGUGUGACCGAAAAGAAUUUGUCUUCUCUUUCAACGCCAUGGCGUCCUCGUCCAUGCACUCAGCCGGCGGCGGCUCCUACUACCACCAGCAGGUCACCUACCAAGACAUCAAGCCCUGUGUGAUGUGAGGCUGCGGCCGCGGGCCCUCCCGGCACAGGCCGGCAGCCCAGGGACCUCGGAGCCCACCGUCAGAAACUGCUUUAUUCUCGAGGUAUAACCGUCGGCAGAAGAAAAGAGUCCGGCCCUUCCCCAACAGGAUUAUUUGGAAAGAAAUCCCCAGCAAAACCCAGCGUUGUGGUCGACCACUUCUCCCCUACUCCCUCACAAAUUUUAAAAAAUGGUGGCGGUGGGGGCCUGAUCCGACUGCAGCUGUCGGUAAAUAAGUAUUUUCGAUCCUAUUGAAAAAGGCUGCGAAGGUGCUGUGUUGGGGAAAGCCUUCAGCUCGAAAAGAAUUCUGCUGAGGUCCCCCUCCCCCCAAUGGCGAAAGUGAGGGAGGAUUUUUGUUUUUUAGAAGAAAUGCAAGCAUGUGAGACCCAUCAUUAUCAAAUAUUUUUAUUUUUUGGUUGAGUAUUUAUCUUUUUAACUUUUUUUUUGAAAGAAUGUCCCUUUAGAGCCAUCUUCUGCUGGGAGGAGGAGGGGACAAGGCACGGCGACCUCCUUCCCCACCCCAGACGUCUCCAUCAGCAACCACAGGUGGAUGGUUGUGCACAGAACUUGCAUUUCCAAAGCCACUGUUCGUCUUUGAAAGAAAAUAGAAGGAGCCAAGAAGCGAGCGGCUGUCCGUCUGUCCGUGUGGCCUCUACCGUCCCCUUCCACCUCCCCCUUCUUCUCUUCAGUGUGUUCGUUUUGUUUGGGAUUGCAUUUUGACUUUUUCCGUGGGUGUUUUUCUCUCUCCCAAUCUCUACUGUAAACUUUCCGGUUGGAGAAAACUAGCGGAACACAGCUUGAGGAAGGGACGGGGAGGCCCGUGGCCGCGCGAGAUGCAGAAAGGUUAAGGCACUUUUUAAAACUCUAGCAAGGCUCAUCGUGUUAUUUAUUCUUUCUUUCCCUAAUAAUCGAAACGCCGCAUAGGCUCCUCCGUUUAUCAGUAUUAAUGGUGUAACUUUGUUGGCAAUAUUUGCCGUGUAGAUUUUUUUUUUUAGAUAUCCAUUGUAAAUUUGAAACAAAGACCGAUCCAUGUAAAAACAAAAUUCCAUAUGUUUUAUAUAAAUAUAUAUAUAAUAUGAAGGACUAUCCCCCGUCCCUUUUUUAGUUUUUUGGCUGCUGGGGUGCAGCGUUUGUGACACAUUUUAAAUUUCCUUCUGCACUGUAUAAAAUGACAAUUCAAGGAUGUUUUGCCUUUUGUGUAUUUUUU